AUGUCCCUUGCUUCAGGUCCUAGGCCCGGGUGGUUACUCUUUUCCUUCGGAAUGGUACUGGUAUCGGGGUCAAAGUGUCCAAAUAAUUGUCAAUGUCAAGAUCAAGAAGUGAUCUGCACAGGGAUCCAGUUAACUGAAUACCCCUCUGACAUACCCCUGAACACCCGGAGGCUGUACCUGAAUGAUAACAAGAUCCGUUUCUUGCCAGCGAUGAAUCUAGGACUCCUCAGUGACCUUGUUUACUUGGACUGCCAGAAGAACAGGAUUCAGGAGGUGAUGGAUUAUACCUUUGUCGGGGUCUUCAGACUCAUCUACCUUGACCUCAGCUUCAACAAUCUAACCUUCAUCUCCCCGUACAGUUUCUCCAUGCUCAGCAACCUGCUGCAGCUGAAUAUCUCCAACAACCCUCAUCUGUUAUCACUUAACAAGUACACCUUUGCCAACACCAGCUCUUUGAGAUACCUGGACCUCAGAAAUACUGGCUUGCAGACCUUGGAUGAAGCUGCCUUCCAAAACCUCAUAACACUCCAGACCCUGUAUCUGAGUGGAAACCCCUGGAAAUGCAACUGCUUUUUCCUGGACUUCACCAUCUACUUAAUAGUGUCCCAUCUGAACUAUCCAGAUGAACAAAAUGCCACUUGCGUGGAGCCCACAGAGCUGGCAGGAUGGCCCAUCACGAAGGUGGGGAACCCGCUCCGGUAUAUGUGCAUCACGAACCUAGAUCUCCAGGACUACAUCUUCUUGCUGCUCAUCAGCUUCUGCAUCUUCUGCGCGGGAACCGUGGCCGCCUGGCUGACCGGCGUGUGUGCUGUGCUCUACCAGAACGCCUGCCGCAAGUCGAGUGAGGACGAGGUGGAGGACGAGGAGGCGGAGAACGAGGACGAGCAGAGGGUGGAAGUCAGCAGGCGGAUUUUUCAUAGCAGGGUGGACUCAGGCCAUGAUGGGUUCCCUCAGCUGAUUUAGUUGCAGAGGCUGAAGCUGCUGUCUGAUGCAACUUUCCCAGACUCCCGCCUUCCGUCUUGCCUUCCGCUUCCCAUUCCUCAGAGCUGUCUUAGAAAUGAAAGCCUACUAUUAUGGUAAAGUACUAUUAAGGUAA